CCUCGAGAUAUCUUUAAUACUUGCAGACAUUGUAGUGAAUAGGAUUGGGCUGUCGCGAAUUCAAAGCACAAAUAAAAUAAGCCUACGGUGCAAUCUAAGUUAUUGAGAGACUCUUGUUUUGCAUUUCCGCAAGCUAUAUUUGACGCGAAAGGAUCAAAAGUAGGAUAUUUGAAAACCACAAGUCCAGUCAAGAAUCCAAAGAUUUGUCACUUCGAAGCCCAGAGGCCAUAAAAUCUUCCUUGUAGCAAUGUCGCAAACGAGCUCUCUAUCUGAUUCAAGUAAUCUCACCAUGACAGGUAUCACAGAUUUCCAACGAAAAGUCUACACUCUUCUCCUCCAGAUUCCGGCAGGGAAGGUCUCCUCUUACGCUUCUCUUGCCAAAGCUCUCUCAACUGCUCCUCGUGCAGUUGGAGGAGCUUUGAGACGGAAUCCUUAUGCUCCGCAGGUCCCAUGCCAUCGAAUAAUCUGUGCUGAUGGGGCGAUCGGAGGAUUCAAAGGCGAAGCGCAGAAUGCCCCGUCUGGUGUCAAUCAAGAUGAAAAGUUGGGAUUGCUGAAGAGUGAGGGAGUUGAGUUCGAUGAGAAUGGUCAAUUGAAAGAUGAAGACAGGUGGUGGAACGAGUUUCGUAUUUGAGCAUCACCAUAGCAUGCGUACAAUAAUCUUCAGAACACGGAAAGGGAUGGGAAAAACGCUUGAAAGCCAAAUUCCAUACUUAUCAUAACCCGAAGUUUUUAACUCAAUCGUAUUGAAAACUAAAAUGUUGACUUCUAACUCUCUCUUGGCAUCUCGGCGAGAAUGAUACAUGGAGCAUCUCACGAACACAAGAGCGAGAAGGUGGACUCAUCA